AUGGAGAGAUCACCUCUGCAUAAUUUCAAUUUACCGCAAGGAUUGAUGUGGGGGACACAAAGGUUUUUGAGGUGCAUGAACGUUAAUCCAAUUCGUGCAAUGACGGCCGUUGAUAAUGAUGAAUCUUCAGAUUCAGAGGAGUAUAACAACAAUCGUUCUAUCGAAAACCGUCAUGCAGAAGUGGAGGUGUUAGAGAUGCCAGCAGGAGGAAGAUCGAGUGAUGAUCCGAGGCGGAAGAGGGUGCGAUUUAACCUGAAACCAUUGUUUCUAGCACCAGCGCCACCGCAAUCGCCGGAUAUCGGUUCGGUUAGAAAAGCUACAUCGGAAGAUGACGACGAAAUCUCGAUAACUAGAGAGAAGCUGGUGAUGGAUUUUCAUACGGAGGUAGGUAAGUUGAAAGAAGCGAUUCUGAAAAACAAUACUCCAGAUGACGUCGAGAUUGCACCGAGUAAGGGCUCGCCGCCUGUGAAUUCAGAAGCUGUGCAGAAUUCUGAAAAACAAUACGACAAUCGACCGCCACCGCCACCGCCAGUCGCCGAAGAAAUCAAUGCAUCGGUUGAUGAUCCGAUGUCGGAGAAGAAAUCAACGAGGCCGAAAAGGAAACUUGAGAAGAAGGAAGAGAGGGUUAAAUUCUCAAUUGCGCUAUCACGCAAAGAAAUCGAGGAUGAUUUCAUCGCCAUUACGGGGAAGAAGCCACCACGAAAACCUAACAAGCGGCCAAAAAACAUUCAGAAUAGAUUACAGGUUCUAUUUCCAGGAUCACGGUUAUGUGAAGUUCAUCCUGAUCUAUACAAGUAA